AUGAUUUCAGCCGGGUUCGAACCGGCGACCUCCUCCGUAAGCCUCAACGAUCCGAAAUCGGAAUUGUUAAGGAGACGCGCUAACCAACUGCGCCAUGAAACCAUCUUGUGCAUUGGAGCUCCUAUUGCGUAUUUGAACUGUAUCAGAGAUUUGGUCCAUCAAGCUGCAGUGAUGUGGACAGCAAGAUCCUAUGUCGCAACCAUCUCCGCACCGGUUUCCAUGUCACUGCUCGUUCGUUCUCAGUGCAUCUUUUCUCAGUUCUCGUUGCUCGGACAGUGUUCAGCUACAGAAGACAAGUUCCUACUUGAAAACAAAGCCGAUGAUCAACGACAUGCUCAAGCCAUUGUCCAGCUUGUUUUUGCGAGGGUACCGAAAAAAUUCCUUUCAAUGAGUUAG